CUCUUUUUCAUUUCCAAAUGAUGACAUUUUUUCUCACACUCUUUUUUUUUUAUUUUAUUUUUAUCAUGAUCUCGUGUUUACCUUUAGAACUUUUUGAACUUGUUCAUUGUCAACUGUCUACAUUGGAUAAAUACCGGUGUCUCUAUGUAUGUCAAGCAUGGUAUUCCUUGUUUCGUCUUGCAUUGUAUCAAAACUGUGUUCUUUCCAACCAAGCCAGUUACCGAACUUUGUAUACUACAUUGCAACAAAGGCAAGAUCUUGGUUUUCAAGUAAAACAAGUGGACCUGAACAAGUGCGAAGUUUCGUUACAAGAACUGCAAAUUUUAUUUCAAUUGUGUCCUAAUAUUCGUUAUGCCAGUCUUCGAUGGCCAUCGUCUUCUUUUUUGGGAAGAGAGUCAGAAUGCAUGUGGGAUCAACAUAGGUCUCCUGUUUGGCCCGCCAUCGACACGAACUUUACCGACAUACCAUCAACAUCAUGGCGAUUAUGCUCGUUGACUCAACUGACGUUACACGAUACAGAUAUGGAUGGUCUUUUCGGUCUUGUUACACGGUUCCCUUUGUUAGAACAAUUUUGUUUAGUAUCAUCUCGAUUGGAUAUGACACUGGAUGACUUGGAAUCUAUUCACAUUGCUUGUCCACGUCUUACUUCUUUGGCUUUGGAUAUUCACACUUUAUUAUCAACCGAUAGCAAAUCAUCAUCAUCAUCAUUAGUGACUAUGGAUCAGCUGCGUUCUCUUAAACUUAUCUACAAACAGUUGCAAGAUCCCGGUCGAACUCCUUGGAUACGUUAUCUGGCUCAAAAAUACCCUCACUUGACAUCACUGGAAAUGCAAACACGUUUUGUACGACGAAGACAUAUGACAACUCAUCUGGAAGACAGUGAUCAACAAGAGGUUCAUCCAUUUCAACAAGGAUUAAAACAAUGGGCUCAAUCAUGUCAUUUUCUUGAACGAAUUCAUUUUACAAAUAUAUCUUGGGAUCAAUGGUUUUUACAACAUUUACCAUCGUCAUCAUCAUCAUCAUCAUCAUUAUACAAAGCUGAUGUUCGUUCUCUGCAACAAGUACAUGUAGUGCGUAUGGAUGAUGGGUUUGAUCCAUCUUUUUCUAUAUUUUGGACACUGGUCAAUCAUCCUUUCCUCAACCAAUUGACAAAUCUUACCAUCCGUCCAGUAGCUACACAUCCAGAUUCUUCUUUUUACAAGGCAAUUGGUCGUCUAGGCUUCCUGACAACACUCACCAUCCAACAACAAGGUCAUCGUUCCAACAAGCAAUCACCCUGCCACCUGGAUAUCCAUUCACUCUUACAUCAUUGUAGUGGACUAACUCAUUUGACCUUGGGAGGUCUGGCAUUAUCUACCAGUGAACAAAGAAUGCAUUCACGACUUGAUUCUCUCGUCCUAUCCACUGUUGAAUUGGAUCAUCGUACGUUGGAUGAUAUCCUGGCCAGCUGUCUUUCCUUGACCCGAUUGACCAUGAUUUCUUGUGAAUACACCUCUUCUUCGGUUGGCGUCCCUACAUUGGCCAUCCUUAGUCAUCAGCAUCGUUGGAAACAUGUUGAGAUUCGAUACCCCUUUAUUCAAGCGUCUACCUCUUCUUUGAUUGGUUUAAGGCGUGGCCCUCUUCUUCUCAGCAUCAAAACUGGUGAUCAACCAUGGACCCAUCAUGACGCUUUCCCAAAAACACAGCAUACUGGAGAUCAUCAUCAUACUUUCAAGGAUCUAUGUCGAGUCAAGAUUGUUUGUCAUUCUAUCCGGUCUUUACAUAUCAAUGGUAUCCAGAUUUAUAUUUAGUUGUAGUUUAGAUACGUUUUUUUUUUUGUUGUGAUACCCUUCCCCCACUCCCUCUCUAUUCCGUAUCCUUCUUUCUCCAUGCUAUAUAUUUUCAAUAAAAAUGAUUUGUUUUAUUUGUAACGUGAAUAAAAAUAAUAAGAGGAAGAAGAAGAAGAAUGAAAAAGAAGGAUACAAUAUACAUAUACAAUUUGGUGUUAUCAUAAAAAAAAAAAAAGAAUAAAUAAAACAGUCAUCACUAUCCAAUAGGUUUUUGUUGGGUGGUAUCGUACAUUCUAAUGAUUUUGCCUUGAUCGGUAUCAUUUUGUGCAAAAGCGAAACCUCGAGAUUGCUUGAGUCGUUGGAUUUUC